AUGUCUGAAGCUGAAGCUAAACUUACAAAGAAACAAAAGAAAGCCUUAGAGUUCCGUAACAAGACCAAAAAGGACAAAACUGAGGAAUCAAAAGAAGAUCAAAAGAAAGAAGAAGUAUCAAAAGAUGAGAAUAAAGAAACCACAACUACAACUACAGAAGGUGAAGAACCUGUAAAGAAGAAACGUAAAACAAGAAGAGGUAAAAAGGGUAAAGGAUCAGGUGGUAGUGCUCCAAGAUUCUUAUUAUUCGUAGGGAACUUACCUUAUGAUGUUACACAAACUGAAUUAUUAUCACAUUUUGGUGCAGCAGGUCCAGAUAGAAUAAGGAUCAGAACAGAUAAAGGUAUAGCAUUUUUAGAGUUUGAUGGUAAAGGAGGUGAUAUUCAACAUAAGAUGGAAGUUGCCUUACGUAUGCAUCAUUCAACUUUAAGAAAUAGAAAAAUUAAUGUUGAAUUAACCGUUGGUGGUGGUGGUAAUUCAACUAAUAGAUUAGAUAAAAUCAGAGAAAAAAAUGAUAAAUUAUUAGAUGAAAGAAAAACUAGAUUAAAAGAAGAAAGAGCAGCAAGAAUGAAAAAAGCUGAUGCUGCUAAAGCUCAAGAUUUAACUGGUGUUCAUCCUGCAAGAGCUGCAAAGAUGAUGGGAAAUUAA